AUACUUCCUGUGGGUCUCACUGUCUCGUGAGACUCUGUCAUCUGUUGAUGCUCACUGUCAAGAGGCUAACUGAGCUGAGGCUGGCCGUGCAGAACCAUGGCCCCCAAAGACACCACCUUCUUCUGUCUCGUGCUCUGUCUUGGCCAGAGGAUUCAGGCACAGGAUGGGAACUUUCCCAUUCCUAUCAUAUCUGCUAUGCCCAGUUCUGUGGUUCCCUGGAAUGGGUCGGUGAAGAUCUUGUGCCAGGGAACCCUUGCAUCUUACCUGUACCAGCUGGAGAUCCUGGAAAACCUCACCUACAGAGUGGUGGAGAAGAAGCUGGGAUUUCAGGAGGUGGCGGAGUUCGUCAUUAACCACAUGGAUACAAACACCGCAGGGCGUUAUCAGUGCCGAUAUGGGAGAGAACACCGCUGGUCAGCGCCUAGUGCACCCCUGGAGCUGGUGGUGACAGGCUUCUACGACAAACCCUUUCUCUCCACCGAUGAGGGCCAGGUGGCGAUGCCAGGGGAGAAUAUUUCCCUCCGGUGCAGUUCAGCACACAUGUCGUUCGACAGAUUUUCACUGAGCAGGCCGGGAGGGGCCACCCUGUCACGGCACCGAGAUGCAAGACUCCAGGGGGACUUCACUCUGGGUCCUGUGAACCUCAGCUUCUCAGGAGUCUACACAUGCUAUGGCUGGCACAGCGGCCGCCCCUAUGUAUGGUCAGCCCCCAGCAAUGCCCUGGAGCUGGUGGUCACAGGUACCACGAGCCAAGAUCACACGACGGAGAACUGGAUUCGGAUGGGCAUGGCAGGGCUGGUCCUCAUAGUCCUCUUGGCCAUUCUGGCUGAAAAUCAGCUUGGCCCUCAGGUUCUACACCAGAAAGACCAGAAAGAUCUUCCUGACCUGAGCUGGAGUCGACAGAAAAGUCAGACAGAAUGGACCUUUAGACUAACUCCUAAGGACCACCAGGGAUACUCCUAGAGCGGAUGCUUCUUAGAAGAGCCAGCAUCUGUGAAGUCCUAUGCAGUUGGACUCUCCCUUGGAGAGCACAAGGGAGACGGAGGUAUGAAGAAGCUUGGAUCCCCUUUCAAACCAAUCAAAUGGUAUUUUCUUAUAUGCAUAUAAUAUAUUUGCAUUCCACCUUUCUAGACAUAGUUGAGAAUAUUCUCAGUAUCAUCUUGGCUGAACUCAUUUCCUGCGAUAAGAAAUAAUGUAAAG